CAUGCGCAGCGCUCGCUCCUGAGAGGACGGGUCUUCUUCCGGUGUCGGGCGGAAUUCCUCCUCAGACAUGUCCCGCCGGGCCCUGAGGAGGCUUCGCGGGGACCAGAGGGGCCAGGAGGAGCCGGGGGGCCCCGAGGAGGAGGAAGAGGAGGAGGAGAUUCUCCCGGCGGAGCCACGAAACAGGAAGAACCGAGGAAACCGCAAACUAUUGGAGGAGAGAGGAGUGAGCAACCCCUUCCAGCUGAUCACCGACCCGGAUGAAGAUCAUCGCAGUGAGCCGGACUCCGCCCCAUCAGCUCCGUCCAGACUGACAGAUGAAGAGGAGGCGGACGGAGAGGAGGCUCAGGAAAAUGGGCGGAGCGUCUCCUCCCAGGCUGCUACAAUAAACAAAACAAAGAAGAAGAAAAAGAAGAGGAAAUCUAAAAAGACACCAGCAGACAAUCAGCUAGAUGGCAGCGCGGGGAGUAGGGAUGAGCUGGGGGACAUUGACAGCAUUCUGGAGAGAAUCGAGAGCAGCAACGGCGUCACCUUCCAGGGACAGAGCACCGGCAACACCGACAGCCGCCCCUUACUAUAUGUGGAGCACAGAAAUUUGAACCCGGAGACUGAACUGAAAAAAUAUUUUGGCUCCCGCGCCGUGAUGGGAGAUCAGAGGCUGCGACAGAGACAGCGACCUCAUCCCAGGAGCACCUGGCUGACGUCUCCUAAGAACUCCUGGCCAAGAUACAGUAAAACAGGCAUCACGAUGAGCCUUCUAGAGACCAAACGCGGAGUCCAGUAUUUCACAUUCGAGCACCAGAGAGAUUACCAGCAAGUCCAGUUCAAGUUCCUGGAUGCCGUGGAGUCCAUGGAUCCCAAUAACAUCGUGCUCCUCCUGCAGAUGAACGCGUACCAUGUGGACUCCUUGCUGCAGCUCAGCGACGUCUGUCGUCUCCAAGAAGACCAGGAAAUGGCCAGAGACCUGAUUGAGAGAGCCCUCUACAGCCUGGAGUGUGGAUUUCACCCCGUGUUCAGCCUUACCAGCGGGAGCUGCAGACUGGACUACCGCCGACCAGAGAACAGAGGGUUUUACUUGGCUCUUUUCAAACACAUGUUGUUCCUGGAGAAGAGAGGCUGUCUAAGGACUGCAUUGGAGUUCUGUAAACUUAUCCUGAGUCUGGACCCGGACGAUGACCCCCUGUGUAUGCUGCUUCUCAUCGAUUACCUGUCUCUGCGUGCGCGGGAGUACACCUUCCUCAGCAGGAUGUACGAGGAAUGGGAGUCCCACCGGAACUUGUCUCAGCUCCCGAACUUUGCGUUCUCCGUCCCGCUGGGGCUAUUGCAGUUUAGCCAGCAGGAUGAAAUCUCGGAGAACGAGGAGAAGAGCGCCUCCAGCCGAGCAGCAAAUCUCCUCCAGCAAGCGCUGAUAAUGUUCCCGGGAGUUCUUUUACCGCUUCUGGAUGCCUGUGGAGUUCAGCCGGAUAAUGUGGUGGCUUCUCAUUCAUUUUUUGGAACGGUUACCCAACUAAGCCAGCCUGCAGCCUUGUCCCAGCUGAUCUCCCUGUAUGUGGGACGGUGUCACAGCCUGUGGAAGGAGCCGUCCGUCAUGUCCUGGCUGGAGGAGAAUGUGCGGGAAGUUCUCCGCAUGGUGGACAACAGCGAACCCAUUGUGAAGGAGUGCGAGAUGAGGAGGAAGAUUCGGUAUCAGAGCGCCCCCAGGAACAUCCAUCGUCAUGUCAUCUUGUCUGAGAUCAAGGGAGCGAGUUUGGCUCUGCCGGUGGAAGUGACAUCACAGCCUGUGCUCAGCUUCGACCCGCUACCGCCGCUGGAUUCUAUCGUGUCCUAUACAAGACCCGAGAGAACAAAUCGACCGACCAAUGAAGGGACUCUCUCUCUCUUCUUCAGAUCCUUAUUGCCAAAUUUUAACCUGCAGGGGGAAGCUCUGCCGGAGGGGGAGAACGCGGGGGCUGCUCAGGACUUGAAUCGCGGGGUGAACCGGCUCAUGGCGGCCAUGCGGGACAUGCUGGCGAAUAUCCAGUUCCAGGAACCCCCGAGAGAAGACAAUCCGGAUGAGGAAGUUGAUGGGGAAUGGGACUAAAUUUUCCCCCUUUUUCUUGCACACUUGAACCUGUCAUGACGGAAAUAUCGGUGCCAUUCCCAAUCCCUGAUGGAAGAUUCCCGUUCUCCGGGUUUUCUCGCUCCUCCUGUCGUUUUUGUCAUUUUCCUGCAGCCAGUAAGUAGCCAGAAGAGUCCUAACCUUUGACCUCUGUUCUGUUUUGUCAUGGACCCAAAACCACACCCAGCCAGAGGAUGAGGAUGACAGCCGGGCGUCCUUCGCCUCGAUCAGAAGCUGACCAUGGACACACCUUCUUCCUGUAUGACAACGUUGUACAGUCCAACAAAAAUAAACAAUAAAUAGAGAACACAA